AUGCACCACCGCGUCGAGGCGCGUCUCGUCGCGGCCGAUCCGCGGCCCCCGAGGCGGCGGGACGCCUGGUACCUGUCGACGCUGGCCGUGGACCCGGCCGUCCAGGGCCAGGGUGCCGGCAGCUGGCUUGUGCGGGAUGCGCUGAGCCGCGUUGUCGACCCGGAGGGGGCGGCCUGUUGGCUCAUCGGGCUUGAGGGCGUCGAGCCCUUUUACGACCGCUUUGGCUUCCGGGAGAUUGACAGGGCCAACGAGGGCAGACUCGCCGACUGGACGGGCGGCGCCGUCAUGAUCAGGGAAUCGUCGUGA